AUGGAAGGCAGUAAUGAUUCUCUUUCUGUUAUAACUCCCGCAAUGGGCAGUUCGCCUGCAGUCUUGCUAACUCCUGGUAGGACGAGAAAUAUUGCACAAGAUAUGGAAGCCCUUAGACUGUCAAGACAAGACAAUCCUUAUUUACAGCAAGUUAUGGCCAGCAGGGAAAGUCUAAUUGAAAGUCAUGCAGAAGAGUGUGGUUCUGAUGACACUAAUUUAAUGUCACAGGAAUUUGGAAGUGCAGCCCUGAACUUUGUGGAAGAUGACCCAUUAACACUGAAAGAGGUACAUGAGCAUAUGAUUAGAUCUCCACCACCUGCAAGUUGCUGGCCGCAUGUUAAUAAAGCUAUUGCUGCACAGGAAAUAUUGGCUCGAUCUCCGAGACGCGGUACAAAUCGACCCCGUUCUUCCCGCUCUGCUUCUCCGCGGUCACAUGAUCUAACAUUGUGUGGUCGGCCAUUAUCCUUGCCAGGGGAAAGCCACCUUAGGAACGCACUAAACAAAAAGCAAGGCGGCCAACAAUCCGAGCGAUUCUCCAUCCUCCAGCAUCCACGCCCUCUAAGACGGCCGCACACCAGUCGCCGGGACGAAGACAGCAUCCAUCUGGUGCAGGAUUGCGACAAAUAA